GGCCUCUUCUUUCUUGUAUUUAUUUAUAAAGAGACUGAAUGAAGAAUCUCAUACAUAUGUGAGCAAAACCAUAUCCAAAACAAAACAAUACCCUCUUUUUUUUCUCUGUAUUCCCCUGGUUUUUGGUGAUUGAAGAAGAAAAUGGGGAAAGGAAGAGCUCCAUGUUGUGAUAAGGAGAAAGUGAAGAGAGGUCCAUGGAGUCCUUCGGAGGAUUUGAGGCUCAUCUCUUUUAUUCAGAAGCAUGGCCACCAGAACUGGAGAGCUCUCCCUAAACAAGCUGGGCUACUGAGAUGUGGAAAGAGUUGCCGUUUAAGAUGGAUUAAUUACCUGAGGCCAGAUGUCAAGCGUGGCAACUUCACCAAAGAGGAAGAAGACGCAAUCAUAAGGCUACAUGAGACUUUGGGAAACAAGUGGUCUACGAUAGCAGCACAUUUUCCUGGAAGAACAGACAAUGAGAUAAAGAAUGUGUGGAACACUCAUUUGAAGAAGAGAUUAGUUUCAAAGAAUGAAAAUACUCAAAAGAAAGAUGAAUCCAAGGAGUUUUCUACAUCAUCAUCAAGUUCAUGCUUCUCAUCAUCAAGUGGCAAAAACUCUAGAGAGGCAUUUGCAAUGCCAGUAUCAGACAAUGCUCAAGACUUCAAAACUGAUCACCUAUCAAACCAUGGCAGCAGCAGCCCGUCUGAGGAGCCGGAAGGAUUAUCCAGUUCUUCAAUCUCUUCCAACAUCACGAAUUCCAGUCAGGUUGGUGUUUCAAAUCCAGAAGGCCAAGUAGGUUCUUUAUGCAACUUCAUAGGAGGUUAUUAUGAUGUUAAUAACAACGCAUCAGAGGAGGUGAACAAACCGGGUAUCCUCGAUACUGCCUUUGACAUCUCGUUCGAGUCCGAUUUGGAGUUUUGGAACAUGUUAGAUAGCUUCGGACCUUUCCAAUCCGAUGAGAUCCAAUCACAUGAUGGCACCCAAAGUUCGAAUUUUGAAGUUGAAAAUAACAAGUGGUUGAUGUACCUGGAACAUGAACUGGGACUAGAGUCGAAGGAUGGAGGUGAGGCUAACUCGGUAGGUCCCGAGAUAAAGCCAGAAGGUGAAAUGGAGAUGGGUCAUUAUCACAACACAGUUCAGCCAUCAACCAAGUAGCUCUUACUUUUCUUAGAGGGCUUAACUAAGUGGUUUGACUUCAUCAUGUUGAAAAUAUACUUUAGGGUUUACCUAACUUGUAGGUCUUUUUAGAUGCAUGAUGGAUAAAAUAAAAUAUUCAUCUGAUCUUCAAGUUAAGCAAAUACUACAUUGUAGAUUGAACCAAACCUAAAUUUAUCUCCAUUUCAAGCAAAA